AUAGAGCAAGGAGAAAAGGGAUCGAGCACGCACUACGCAGGAUGAGCCGCGUGCGAUGGUCGAUAUCAUGGAUCGGGAAUGGGCAUCGAUAUUCUGUGCAUAUUGUGCUGCUCAACGGUUGCUACAACACCCGACGCUAACCAAGACCCUCCAGCUGUCCUAUCACCCCUCGACCCUCCAUGUGUUUCUGCUCCGUGCGGCAAUCAUGCCUUUUAUCUUCGAUCAGGAUUCAGGUCAGCCGCCAGACACUCCUCAGGACCUCAGUAGAAGAAUGCGUGGGGGUUCGUCACAAUGGUCGAUGGAUACGCUCUCCCAUUCCUAUGAUCCUAAUGAUUACUCUACUCGUUUACCACGGUAUCGUGUUAUCUGCUGCGACCCUAAGCAGCAAAUGGAGAAUGACAAUCAACACGAUCCCCUGUCAUAUCAAGGGCCAGUGUCCACCAUGUCUAGGUCACCCGUCCUUGGUGCUAGGAUUCGCUUCCUUUGGACGAGGGGCUGAUAUUACCUGGACCGAUAACAAUCCCCCUUCAGUUCUUACAAGUCGCAUCAUGGUUCCACUUUCUAGGUGCGGCCUUGUCCAAUAUUCUACCUAUGGCAAUAGUUCUUCCAAGCGCAUCGGAAAAAUUCCGUCUAUCGCUCGCCGGAAUCCUAGGGCUGUUGGAGCCUCGGUCCAACAAUUGUAUAUCGAUCAUAAGGAUUUGAUUGCCGACGAAGUCCUGUGUCGUGACCGGACAAGCGACCAGUGACCGGUAACCGCCCCAGCAAAUGGUGCAAUGCAGUUGUUCAGAAUGGUCGCUGGGGCCCUUGUGGACGAUAAUUAGUGUGCGGAGAGGUUGGUGUGCUAUCCAGAUUCCAGGAUCAACCAGCAUCCAAGCAUGA